AGAUCGCUCAGUUUCCAUCUAUUCCCCGCUUUCUUUUUUUCCAUUUUUCUCCCCAAUCCGAGAUGGAAGGCAGAGAAAUCCCCAAUCGCCUCGCUGGCCCGCCGACGGUCGCCGAGGUGAUCCCCAUCCCUCCCCGUCCCGUCUGGCUCUCGCCGCGGAAGUUGGUUAUGUCGGCGGCGGCGCCGGCUGUGAUGGAGGCAACGCGGCAGAAGAAGCGGAGGAGGAAGAAACACAGGGAGCAGGUGGAGGUCGUGGUGGCUCCAUCGCCGUCUCCCCGUCCUCCGGCGACUCCGGAACCCAAGAUCGAGUCUUUGGUCCCGCUCGCUGCCGAAAUCCUAUCCUCCGAGGCAGCGGCGAGGAGGGAGGAGUGCAAAAGGAAGAGACACGACGAAAAUCAGGCGGCGGUGGCGGCGGCAUCUCCAUUGGCGGAGCAGGUGGAGGAGGCCGGGAGAAAGGAUGAGAAGAAGAAGAAGCGAAAGAGAAGGAAGCAUUGGGAGGCGACCGCGUCUCCGUCCCAGUCCACCGUUGCCGGGGCCCCAAUCUUGGAAGGAGAAGACAAGGCGCCGGCGAAGGGGAGGAGGAAACGCAGGCGGGGGAAGGAGCAGGAGCAAUCCGGCCAGUCACCAUUACCAUUUGAUAUCCAUCCGCAAGGAGGAGAGGAAAAAGCAGCUGAUGGGCCCAAGUGUGAGAGUGUCACUGUCAAGAGGAGCAGGAGCAAGAAGCCCCGCGUACUGAGCACCCGCGAGAUCAUCAGGAAGAGGAUUGAGACGAGGAAGCAGCAGCCGCUGCCUGAAGGCCUUUUCAAUGCCAUGGCGAUGGCUGCAAACUCCAAUCCCAAUUCGACUGAGCAGGACCCCAAUCAUUCUUCACUUAUACGUGCAUUCUUUGACCAAUUCUGCUACAAACCGGAGCGCCAGCAGGACCGCAACCCCCCGCCUUUUCCUAAAACCCCCGAUCAUCCAGCUAGACCGCAGCCUCGAGGUCACCCAUAUAUGGCAAAUGAGACCUCCAAGGCUGCCAAGACAACAACCUUGAAUGCAAAGCGGCUACACGCAGCCUCAGACUCAGGUUCACAAGAAAAUUUACAGGCAAAAGAUAAGGCAAAGCCUGAGAAGAAGAUAAGUAGGAAGACAAAGCCGAGGAAACCACCACCAUUGCUUAGUGCAGCUGAGAAGUGGUCAGACAAGUAUCGUCGCCUGCCGCUGGAUCAGCUGGUACCCCCGCCGCGCUCGCCCCAUAAGCUCCUGCAGGAGAAGUAUGCUUCUGACCCAUGGAAGGUCGUUGUAAUCUGCAUGCUGCUCAACUUAACACAGGGAAAACAGGUUAAGAAGAAAGUGAAGGGCUUCUUCAAACGCUAUCCUGAUGCACAGACUGCAUAUAAUGCUGAUCCUGAAAAGAUGUCGGAGUAUCUGGCACCUCUGGGAUUGCAGCGUGUAAAAGCAAAUAGAAUCCAGAGAUUCUCGAAGGCUUAUGUUGAAGAAGAAUGGAAAUAUAUUACUGAUCUUUGUGGUGUUGGCAAGUAUGCAGCUGAUGCUUACGCAAUCUUCUGUGCUGGAAGGGCAAAAGAGGUAGUACCUGAAGAUCACAAGUUAGUUGACUACUGGAAGUAUGUCUGCUUUGAGUUGCCCAUGAUUCAGGGAUCACAAAAUUCGCAGCAGCCUGCAGUGACCGAGCUAGGGAAUCUUGUCCCUAAGGCAUAGGAACUGGUUGUGCUUUUGUGCUUUGGUGUUCUAAUUAUUUUGGUCCUUAAUGUGAUAUGGUGCUAUGAACGGCCCUUAUUAUUUCUGAUAGUCUAACGUCUUGGUGUAAAGUUCUAUUAUGUCUUAUGUGGUUACUAGGCUGCCUGUAAGUAAACUGCAACUGCUAAUUAACUUGGAAGAGAUGGCUUGUUUAUUUCAAUAAUCAUGAGCACGUUUGUUAAUUAUAA